AUGAUUGAGGACCAUGGGAUUUCAAAUUCUCAAACAGAAUUGUUGAAAGAAGUGUUUGCUGCUGCUAAAAUCCAGAAUCCAAAAAAUAGACGUUACUCGGAAAACUGGAUGUUGUUAUGCUUACUUUUUCAAAUUCGUUCAUCAUCUGGAUACAAAUUUCUAAGGAAUCAAAAGUUGUUACCCCUACCAUGUGUAGAUACAAUAAGAAAGAAUUUAUUAGCAAUUAAAGGGGAAUGUGGUUUUGACAACAGCUUUUUUAAGUUGUUGAAAAAAAAAUUUGUACAUAAAACUAUUGAUCAAAAAAAGGGAAUAUUACUACUAAACGAAGUAUUUUCAAGAACAAGCUUAAGUGUUAAUAGUAGGAACCUUACCUACACUGGUUUAGAAGAUUUCGGAAAUAAAAUUUAUAGUAAAACUGAAAGUUCUGAGUUAGCUGACCACGGUCUUGAUUUUAUGUGGCAAAGUUUAGCUGACAAUGUCACUCAGCCUAUAGCAGUCUUCGCCUCAAAAGGACCAGUUAAAGGCGUUGAAUUAGCUCAGUUAGUCUUGAGGGCUAUCUUAUUACUGGAAGACGCUGGACUACAAGUACUAGGUUUGACAUGUGACGGAGCUUCAACAAAUAAAACCAUGUGUAAGACAUUUGGUAUAAGUGGGAUUCAAUCAGAAUUCAAUAAUUCUUUUGAUAAUCCUUUUGACGAGAGUCGUAAAGUCUUCGUGUUUUUUGAUGCUCCUCGCAUUAUCAAAAACAUCAGAAACCGACUGGUACAGAAUAAACAGUUAAAAUUACAUCAUAGUAAAAAUUGUAUAAAAUGGGAACAUUACUGUAAGGUACUAGAAAACGACUCAAAGUUUAUACUUAAAGUAUGUCCCAAGAUAACAAAGAGCCAUAUAGAACUUAACAAUCUUUCAAAAAUGAAAGUUAAGUAUGCCACGCAGCCACCCAAAAAUGGAAACUGUUCAUUAUCUGGAGAUUCUGAUUACAUACCACAUAUAAGUAUUGGUGACUUAAAAGAUGCAAUGAAAGAAAACCACACAAAUUAG